AGAGUAAAAGAAAAAGGAAAAAAGAAAAGAAAAAGGAAAGAAAAGAAAGAGGCCAGUGUUUGUUGGGCACCCACAAAACUGAAAGUUGUGAAAACCCAUUUAUUCUUUUUCAUUGUCUCAUCUCCAGCUCAAAGAAAAAAAAAAAAAACAAGUUGUUGCAGGUUUCAAUUGCUUGUGGGAAGCUACUCUGAUUGAUUACAACUUUUGCAGGUGUCCGCAUUAGUUGUCAAUGUUUGGUUGGCACCACAAAUUUGAAAAGGCCCCAAAUUUUGAUCAAGCAUAUUGCCCUCUCUCUAGAAGCAGGGGACCCCUAUGUUUCUCUCUCUCCAUCUGUAAUCUAUGUUCCUCUAUCUGUUAAAUUAGUUGUACAUAAAAUAAAUAAUGACAGCAUUUGAUGCCAAAAAGGGCUGAUGAUCAUAGUGUAGCAUAUGUUAUGAUUAGAGAUUGAGUGGAACAAGCAUACUGUUGGCUGAAAAGAAAGAAUAAUAAGAUGUCAUUAAGAAUAAAAGCAGUGGUAGACAAGUUCGUGGAAGAACUGAAGGAAGCACUAGAUGCUGAUAUUCAAGACAGGAUAAUGAAGGAGAGAGAGAUGCAAAGUUAUAUUGAAGAGCGUGAACGCGAAGUUGCUGAGCGUGAAGCUGCUUGGAAGGCUGAGCUCUCUCGUCGUGAGGCAGAGAUUGCUCGCCAAGAAGCGAGGCUGAAGAUGGAAAAAGAAAAUCUUGAGAAAGAGAAAAGUGUUCUAAUGGGAACAGCAUCAAAUCAAGAUAAUCAAGAUGGAGCUUUAGAAAUCACUGUAAGUGGUGAAAAGUAUAGAUGCCUGAGGUUUGCAAAGGCAAAGAAAUAAGGCUUUAGGAGAAGGGAGAGCCAAAAAAAGACACUGGGGGACUACAAUUCAUGACUGUAAAAUAUAUUCUUUCCUGUCCCUUUUCUUAGCUGCUUGUUACUGAUAUGGAUUUUGAUUUAUUCCAUCCAGUUCAUGGAGGUUUGCAUCA